AUGACUGGCACAUCGAGUACCGAAAAGGCCGUCGAAAUGACGCGCCCAGAGCCCGCCAUGUUCACCAGCCAGCCAACCCGUCACCAAGCUAUGGACCCCCAACAAGCGCACGCCGAAACGGCCGAUACUCAGAACGCCGACCCCGAACUCGGGCUGCGAGGAGGCGGAGAGACGUGCCCUGGCCGGUUCUGCUUCAUUAUUCCAUGCCCGAUUCCUUGCAACUUCUGCAUCUUCCCUUGCCCUUGUUAA